UUAAGGAAAUGAAAACAUAACAAGCCAUGCCAUGAAUAUACUAACUAACUCUGAUGAAAACCAAAGAUUGGAAACAUGAUAAGAAAAAGAAUAAGUAGCGUUCCCAACAUCGAAACGCUCAAACAAAUCCAUGCUUUGAUCAUCAUUAACGGUUCCAACAACGUUUUAUUGCUCAGAAAACUUGUCUUAACAACAUCCACCUCACUCGUUGGUCUUACUGCAACUUCAACUGUCACAAAUUAUGCACACCAACUGUUUGCUCAAAUCCCCCAACCAGACACGUUCAUGUUUAACACCAUGAUUCGUGGUUCCUCUCAGAGUCCUAAUCCGAUAAGAGCUAUCUCAUUGUAUUCUCAAAUGCACCAAUGUUCAGUGAAGCCUGAUAACUACACUUUCCCUUUUGUACUUAAGGCGUGUACUAAGCUUUUUUGGGUUUAUACUGGUUCAGCGGUUCAUGGUCGGGUUUUGAGGUUUGGGUUUUGUUCGAACACGGUUGUGAGGAAUGCCCUUUUGGUUUUUCAUGCUAAAUGUGGUGACUUGAAUGUUGCAACUUCACUUUUUGAUGAUUCUUGUAAGGAUGAUGUGGUUGCUUGGUCUUCACUCGUUUCUGGGUAUGCGAAACGCGGUGAUUUGAAGUUUGCGCGUGAGUUGUUUGAUGAAAUGCCUGAUAGAGAUUUGGUAGCGUGGAAUGUGAUGAUUACUGGGUAUGCUAAGCAAGGGGAGAUGGAGAAUGCAAGGUUGCUUUUUGAUGAGGCUCCGGUUAAAGAUGUUGUUAGUUGGAACGCGAUGAUUGCGGGUUAUGUUGUUUGUCAGUUGAACAAACAAGCGUUGGAGUUGUUUGAUGAAAUGAGUAAAGCUGGGGUUUGGCCGGAUGAGGUGACAUUGUUGAGUUUGUUAUCAGCUUGUGCUGAUUUGGGUGAUUCGGAAAUUGGUCAAAAAGUACAUGCCAAGGUUAUGGAGAUUAGUAUGGGAAAGUUGAGCACGUUGUUGGGGAAUGCACUCAUUGAUAUGUAUGCUAAAUGCGGAAAGAUUCAAGAAGCGCUUCAUGUGUUUUGGUCAAUAAAAGAUAAAGAUGUGAUCUCAUGGAACUCGAUCAUUGUUGGAUUGGCUUUUCAUGGAGGUGGUAAGGAAUCACUUAGUCUCUUUAAGGCGAUGUUGAGGACUAAGAUUUGUCCAAAUGAUAGCACAUUUGUUGGUGUUUUGGCAGCUUGUAGUCAUGCUGGAAAAAUUGACGAGGGUUAUAAAUAUUUUGAUAUCAUGAGAAGUGAAUAUAAGAUUGAGCCAAACAUUAGGCAUUGUGGUUGUAUGGUAGACAUGUUAGGACGCGCUGGACUUCUAAAGGAAGCAGUUAAGUUCAUCGACUCCAUGAAAAUUGAACCUAAUGCAAUUGUUUGGAGGACUCUUCUUAGUGCUUGUAAGGUUCAUGGAGAUGUUGAGUUGGCAAAAGAGGUCAAUGAGAAGCUGCUUAGAAUGAGAAAGGACGAGAGUGGUGACUACGUACUCAUGUCAAACUUAUAUGCUUCACGAGGCGAGUGGGAUGGGGUUCAGAAGGUAAGGAAGUUAAUGGACGACAGCGGUGUGACAAAAAGUCGUGGGUUUAGCUUAGUUGAAGCAUGUAAUUGAUGAACAUCGGUUGGUUGUUGAUGCAACUGUGAUUUUUAAAUUAGUUGUAGUGCCAAUUACAAUUGUCACAAUUUUGAAAUUGUAGAAAAUUAGAAAAUAAAUACAUUUAAUGUUGCUAUAAUUGCAGCCACAAUGUAACUGAAGAGAUCCCUGUCAUGCUAACCAAUUGAUGUCUACAGAUUAAUGAGAGUUCUUAGACCGUUUUUAUAGUCA